GGCGGCAGCGGCCCGGGGAGAGCCGGCCCGAAUUUGGGAGCGGAGGCGGACACCGGGAGGGGCGGGCCCGCUCGCUGCCGCCUUUUUCUUUUCCUCCCCUUCCUCCGCACGCCUCUCCUUCCUUCUCCCCUUCCGCUCCUGUCGCCCUGCGCGCGCCUCUCCCGCCUCCCUCCUCCCACUCCCACUCCCGCUCGCUGCGGCUCUCGUUUCCCUUCCUCGCUCCUCUUUUUCUCCUCGGCGGGGUUGGAGGGCCGCGAGGAGCCGGGAGUCCCUGGAAGCGGCGCACACAGCAGCUGCCCCGUCCCCAUCUAAGACGCACGGGUGUUCCUAGGGCACGAUGCCCAGGUUUUAUCAGUUUGUAUCAAUUAGAGGUUUCACUUGGCUGAAAGCACGCCAAUUGUGUGGGCCCCGAACUGCCCAACCCCGAGCCCUCCACGCUGCUUACAUAUGGAUGGCAAGAGAAAGGGAGAGAUUUUAAACCUUUGAACGUUGACCCCUCUCACCUGCCUCCAAUUGUUGAUCUAAUGUUUCACCUGCACCUUGUAUAGUUACCUGAUUGGCAAGCGAGUUAGUUAAAAGACUUCUCUUAGUGCUUCAUCCCCUUACUCAUUGCCUACCACAGUUACAGCGUCGAUUAUCAGGCUUUCUGGAUUUUACAGGUCCAGAACUUUAAUUUAGAAAUCGUUUGCAUCCUAAGCUAAUUGCUGUAAAACUGGCAGGUGCAGAGUGCAGCCAGUACAUUUGUAAAUUACCAAGUAAAACUGCUUGUGAAACGAUAGUUGGCAUGGAUAUGCAAAGGACUCGCUGGGGAUGUACCAGCUAAUCACUUGCUGAAUAUUUAUUAGUUCUGCCUGGAGGAUGCUAAAAUAGGCGAGGGAAGCAACCACGUACCAGCGUUUCAUUAUUGUUUUAUUUCAUUGUCAGAUUCACAAAACAACUUCAUGAACUGAAGGAAUCAAGAAAGAACAUGCCACCUCACACCUGUCAUUAUAAAUCAUCAUAAAAGUAACAAGAUUGGAUAAUAAAGCCAGGAAACAAAGCAAAACAUGCCAGAACGUCAACACCAGGAGGAAACUUUAGAGACACUCCGCGAGGCCCAGAAAUACAAAAUGAAGAUGUGCUCCCUGCCCUCCAGAAGCUCAAAAUCUUUGUGCUGUAACUCAAAAAGAGAGCAGUCCAGACCUGCAGUGGGGUCUCAUUCAGAGAAGCACAGGGAAAUAACGGAUUGAUAAAAGGAUAUUUCCACCUCCACACUAGAAAGCGUUUUACAGAGGAAAGCCACUUUGGUGGUGCCGGUGAGAAUCAGCCACAAUGAUUUCUCCACUGCUCAUCUUAUUCUCCAGUUUUUUCUACCAUGUGGCUAUUGCAGGACGGACCUGUCCCAAGCCAGAUGAUUUACCAUUUGCCAUCGUUUCUCCCUUAAAAACAUCCUAUGAGCCAGGGGACCAGAUAGUGUACACCUGCCAGCCGGGCUAUGUGUCCCAUGGAAACAUGAGACGGUUUACCUGCCCUUUCACAGGACUUUGGCCCAUUAACACGCUGAGAUGUAGACCCAGAGUAUGUCCUUUUGCUGGAAUCUUAGAAAACGGAGCUGUACGCUAUACAAGUUUUGAAUAUCCCAACACGAUCAGUUUUUCAUGUAAUGCUGGGUUUUAUCUGAAUGGAACUAAUUCUGCUAAGUGCACUGAGGAAGGAAAAUGGAGUCCAGACCUUCCUGUCUGUGCCCCUAUGACCUGCCCUCUCCCUCCCACACCUAAGUUUGCCGAGCUCAGUGCUUAUAAGUCAUUGGCUGGGAACAGAACCCUUUAUGGAAACAGGGCAGUGUUUAAGUGUUUGCCACACUAUGCCAUGUUCGGAAACGAUACUGUUACCUGCACAGCAUCUGGAAAUUGGACUGAGUUACCAGAAUGCAAAGAAGUAAAAUGCCCUUUCCCAUCAAGACCAGACAACGGAUUCGUGAACUAUGCUGCAAAGGAAGCACUUUAUUACAAGGAUAAAGCCACGUUUGGUUGCCAUGAUACGUUUGUCUUGGAUGGCCCGGAAGAAGUAGAAUGUACCAAAUAUGGAAAUUGGUCUGCCCAGCCAAGCUGUAAAGCAUCUUGUAAAAUAUCUGUUAAGAAGGCUACUGUGAUAUAUGAAGGAGAGAGAGUAAAGAUCCAAGAGAAAUUUAAGAAUGGAAUGCUGCAUGGUCAAAAAGUUUCUUUUUUCUGCAAAAAUAAAGAAAAGAAGUGUAGCUACACAGAGGAUGCUCAGUGCAUAGAUGGCACCUUUGAAAUCCCCAAAUGCUUCAAGGAACACAGUUCUUUGGCUUUCUGGAAAACUGAUGCAUCCGAUGUAAAGCCAUGCUAAGCUGGUUUUUCAGAUUCAAAAUUAAAUAUCAUACUUCUAUCUCUGUCCAAGGAACCUAAUGGAAGUAGAAAAAUAAACUGACUGAAUAUGUGGCCUCAGUUAUUGCAA